ACACACACACACGCACACACCAAACCCAGGCUGCGCACUCCAUCAUCACAUGGAGAGGAGAGGCGGUCGGUCGGAGCGGCUCAGCGGGCUGGAGAGCUUCAGGACUCCGCUGUGAGAAAGCCCGGGACUCCGCUGUCUCUGGAUCUUACUUCACUCUUCUUUAGUUUUUUGGGGUUUUUUGCUUCAUUCUUCUGUUUUCCGCUUCUGGACGUUUUGGGCUGCGAUGUUUGACGACCCGGCGCCAGUGCCCUCAGUUCAAGUCGUGGAGCAGCAUUUGGUCUGAAAACGAAGCUGAAAGCCGCGAUACCGACCCCCGGGCCCGAGGGCCACCGGACGGUGAAACCAUGCUUGCCGCCAUGCUGCGCCAGAGUACUGGCGGAGGAUCGGGAAGCGGUGGAGGUGGCAGCAGCAGCAGUGGUGGUGGAGGACCCAAACUCUCUCUGGGUAUUUCCAGACUGUCCAACCCAAGCUUGGGCCCCGCCAAGAUCUCCAAGAGCAGCUCGUUGAGCCCAGACAGCCCAGACGCCACGGCGUCGGACCCAAACUACAUCAUGCAGCUGGUCAGCGACGUGCGCAAGUUUGCCGAUGUGCUUCUGCAGCUCAAAGAAGUGUUCAACUCCAAAGAGCACCAGGACUGCCUCCACCAGGCCGUCCACGAGCGACUCGGCGAGCUGCUGCGAGUCCUGAAGGCCAUCAUCAACAAGCACCAGAGCCUCAACUCGGUGGACAUCCUCAGCACGGCCGGAACGGUCAUCGCCACGGUCAAAGGAGUGAACUUUAAGGAGGUGAACGAAGAGAACAAGCAGAAGCUUUUCGGCGAGAUCUACACGGCUAUCGACACAUUGGCGUUCACUUUUGGCAAUGUAGUGUCUGACUUCCUUAUGGGAGAUGUAGAGAAUGGAUCCGUGUUGGGGCUCCCCCUGACUAAGAGAACCAGGUCUUUUGAGAAUCUCUCUGUGGAAUCUGGAGGAUCCGGUCCUGAGAAAGAUGAUCCACCAGGGCCGUCGCCGCCGGUCCGGCUGGAGGAGGUGGACAGGACGCUGCAGCGGCAGGACGGCGGCGUGGAGUCGGCGCUGCUCUACGCCAAGGCCUGGUCCAAGUACACCAAAGAGCUGCUGGCGUGGGUGGAGAAGCGUCUCAGCACAGAUGUUGAAUGUGCAAAGAGUUUCGCCAAAAUGGCCGAAACAGCCAAGACGCUGGCAAGUCAACAGGAAUUCAUGCCUUUCCGGGAGAUCUACAUGACGGCUUUCAAAAAUGACAUUGAAUACAGCCAGCUGGUCCUCCACACCGCCGCCGUGCUGCAGAGCAACAAAUUCAUGCAGCCUCUCCUGGCGAGAAAGAACGAGCUGGACAAACUACGAAAAGAGGUCAAGGAGCAAUGGCAGAGGGAGCUGAAGAAAAUGCACGAGGCAGACAGCGCCCUGAAGAAGGCCCGGCUGCUUCAGACCCAGCGGCAGGAGGAGUACGAGAAGGCCAAGGUGUCCACCAGCCGCCUGGAGGAGGAGCAGGCCGGCGGAGGAGGAGGAGGGCCGGCAGCCGCCAAGCUGGAGAAGAGACGGCGGCUGGAGGAGGAGGCGCUGCAGAAGGCGGAGGAGGCCAGGGAGCACUGCAAGGCCUGUCAGGUGGACGUCGGCGUGAAGAGGGUGGAUCUGGUCAACACCAAGAGCGAGAUCAUCACCCAGAUUCGGGAAAUGGUCUCCCAGUGCGACCUCACCCUCAAAGCUGUGACGGUCAACUGGUUUCAGCUGCAGCAGGCCCAGGUCGUGUCGCUGCCCGUCAACAACCAGAGCCUGUGUGAGAACGCCAAGCAGUACGAGCCGGGCCAGCGCUACAUCGACUUCGUCAGGAACCUGCCCGCCGACGCGCCGCGCCUGGAGUCGCACUCCUUCGACUCGGCCGUCACGCCGAAUGCAGGGAUGCCUUUCAACAAGCGCUCCCUCACCGGCAGCCACUCCUCCCACAGUAACUUGUCCCAGGCGUCCGUCACCUCGGAGCUGCUGGGCGGGGACGAGGUGGACGCCCCGCUCGGCGCCCAGCACGCCAAGAUCGCAGAGCGACGCUCCAACGGCAGCUCCGACAUCCAAGCUCUGCGGAACCAGGCCCUGUUUCGUCCCUGGGCCUCGGCUACUCAGGGCGGCGGCAUGUGCAGCGACUCGGAGAGCGCCGGAGGGAGCAGCGAGUCCCGGUCCAUGGACUCUCCCACCGCAAGCCCCGGAGACUUCAAAAGGAGAUUACCCAGAACCCCCUCCACCGGCACCAUGUCGUCUGCGGACGACCUGGACGAGCGAGAGCCUCCCUCGCCUUCUGACAACGGUUUGAGCGAGAUGAUCAUCGAGACGGCCAGUUCUCCGGGGCCUUUCAGGAACACCCAGAUGUCCAAAGCGGCGCUGACCCACAAGCUGAGGAAGCUCCGAGCGCCUUCCAAGUGCCGUGAAUGCGACAGCCUGGUGGUGUUUCACGGCGCUGAGUGUGAAGAGUGCUCGCUGGCCUGUCAUAAGAAGUGCCUGGAAACUCUGGCUAUCCAGUGUGGCCAUAAAAAGCUCCAGGGGAGGCUUCAUCUGUUCGGCAUCGAGUUCACUCAGGCGGCCAGGAACAGCCAGGACGGCGUCCCCUUCAUCAUACGCAAGUGCACGUCCGAGAUCGAGAACCGAGCGCUCAACAUCAAGGGAAUCUACCGCGUCAACGGCGCCAAAUCCCGAGUGGAGAAGCUGUGCCAAGCUUUUGAGAACGGCAAAGACCUGGUGGAGCUUUCCGAUCUUUAUCCCCACGACAUUAGCAACGUGCUCAAACUCUACCUGAGACAGCUUCCAGAGCCGCUCGUCCUGUUCCGCUACUAUAAUGACUUUAUCGGUUUGGCCAAAGAGAGCCAGAGCAUCAUAGUGGAGGAGCUGGAGGCGCUGCGGCUCAGCCCCGCCCCCGUGGCUCCGGCUCAGGUCAGCGUGGAGCUCAACCGGGUCCUGUUCAAGAUCAAGGACCUGCUGAAACACCUGCCUCCGGCGCACUACAAGACGCUGCAGUUCCUCAUAGAGCACCUUCACCGGGUGACGGAGCGAUCGGAGGAGAACAAGAUGACCGCCAGCAACCUGGGCAUCAUCUUCGGGCCGACGCUGAUCAAGCCGAGGCAGACGGACGCCGAGGUGUCCCUGUCGUCUCUGGUGGAUUACCCCUACCAGGCGCUGAUCGUGGAGCUCCUGAUCAGGCACUACGAGAUGGUGUUCGACACGCCGCUCAGCCCCCUCAGCGGCGCCUCCCCCACGGAGGCCGGGUCCCGCCUGAGCCAGCAGGAGAAGGAGCAGCGGCUGAGCCGGCACUCCAAGUCGCUGGGGGACAUCAAGGAGCAGAGCUCCAAGUCGUACAAGAGACAUUCCUCCAUCAUCCCUUCUUCGCACCUGCUGGCCGAGGUUCACGAGACGAUGCCCGCCCUCGACGGGAGCGACUUUGAACCCGGAGAUGAAGUCGACUCUGGGAAUUUCAACGGGGUUCCGUCGAGUGUGUCCGAGAUGCCAAAGCCGGUGAGCAGGGUUCAGCUCCGGCGCCCGCGCACCAAGCUGUCCUCCCGCCCGGCCAGCCUGCCGGCGGACAGGCUGAGCGGCCGAGGCCAGGCGGACGAGAACCGGGCGCCCAGCAGCCCCGGCCGGGACGACGGGAAAGGCGGCGGCUGCGACCAGACCAUCGAGGAGGCGGACGAAGGCGAAAGCCCCAAGUCGCGAGCGGCCACGCAUUACCGGAGUACGUUCAUCGACACGCAGACGCUACGCAGGACUUGGGAUAAACAGUACAAGCACGACGUUUCCAGAAGCGUCAGGACCGUGGCCAGCUCGCCGGCGGACGGCCCGGCGGGGGAGGCGGACGGCCCGCCGGCCUCCGUGGAGUCCACCCUCUCCCUGGGGACCAGAGGCGGCCUCGGCAGCCUGUACCCCGGCAGGCCCUACACCGUCGCCGUGCGGCCCAGCAGGACUUUAAGGAGGGAGGACAACGUGUCCAAGUACGGCACCGUAGCAGCUGCGUUCAGGGCCCCCCGGACCCUCCAGCCCCCCCCAGGAACCUUCUACAAGCCCCCGUCGGGGAGCAAGGCCAAAGCGCUGCAGAGCUGCGCCUCGGCGAACAGCGCCGAGGACGAGGACGAAGACGAGGAGGAGGACGAGGACGAGGAGGAGGAGGAGGAGCUGGGCAUCGAGAUCGAGGUGUCCGUGGACGAGCCUCUGGAGGACCUGGAGGCGGAGCCUCAGUCCCCCAGCUCCAGCCCCGAGGAGCUGGGCCAGAACCAGGCCAAACCGGUUUACCAGAGACUCCGGUCCCGGCGGCUGCAGGAGGUCGAGCACAGAGAGGCUCACUUCGUGUAAUCAAAAAAAAAAAAAAACAUGGCCGCCAGAGCGUGAGGAAACAGUUUUUGAAUGUGAGCAGCUUUGUGCCAGUGGGACUUUGAGAAGUGAAUGAUUCCAGCACUGUGUGUGAAACUGCUGUACCUCCUGUUGUUAAUAUUAUUAUUAAUGUUCCUUCGAUCCUCGUGAGACAAACAGGACGCACUUAAACGCUGCAUGUUUUUUACCGUGAUUCACGAGUUGCUCAUGUAU